CAUAUUUGUAAGCAGCGCUACUUAUUAUUGUUUUAUAUUUUCUAAUUUCCAAAUUAGUCUAAAAUGAUGCCACGUCACCAUAGCCCGCUGGCACAGGUUUUAAUUAUCAGCGCCGUGUGCUUUCUUUGUCCAGGCAUGUUUAAUGCAUUAAACGGUCUGGGCGGAGCGGGUCAGUUGGACAUGCACACAACCAGCAAUGCCAACACUGCGCUCUACGCGACAUUUUGCAUAUUCAGUUUAGCCGGCGGCGGGAUAGUCAACGUCUGUGGAGUGCGGUAUACCACUGCCAUAUCAUGCCUCACAUACGCCAUGUACACUGGGUCAUAUAUCUACUACAAUAAUACAAGUAACGGCGGCCUGACAAUACUUGCCGGUGGCAUUCUGGGUAUUGGCGCGGGGAUCCUGUGGACCGCCCAGGGCGUCAUCAUGGUAUCAUAUCCAGCCGAAGAGGAAAAGGGCAAGUUUAUCUCUAUAUUCUGGGUAGUCUUUAAUCUGGGCGGUCUGAUCGGUGGCAUUCUGCCAUUUGCCAUUAACUAUUACCACUCUGGCACGUUGACCGAUUCUGUCUAUUUUAUCUUUGUCAUCCUCGAGUGUGGCGGCUCUUUGACUGCUUUGUUUCUGGUUCCCCCAGCAAGCGUUGUUCGUGACGACGGCUCACACGCCACUAUUGUCAAAGGGCACAACGCGAAGCGCGAGUGUCUGGAGGUGAUCAGAUUAUUUAAAAACAAAUGGAUGCUGCUGCUAUUACCCAUGUCAUUCACAUCCAAUUUCUUCUAUGGGUACCAGUUUUCGCAAUAUAACGGAUCCAUUUUUACUCUGCGCACCCGAGGAUUCAACAACCUGCUGUACUGGGGAUCGCAAAUUAUUGGCUCCUACGUGCUCUCCCUGCUACUUGACUAUUCAAAAUGGUCACGGCGGCGGCGUGGAAUGUACGCGCUGAUCAUUACAGGUGUGUCUUUUAACGCCGUCUGGGCGUGCACCCUGGCGGUUCAGCUGCGGUAUACCCGUGGAGGCGAGUACACGGAUUACCCUGGCGGCCUGAUUGACUUUUUAGAAACUCCACGAGCAGCCGGACCUAUUACGCUAUAUUUUUUUAUGGGCAUGGUUGACUCUUGGUAUCAGAACAUUGCCUACUGGAUCAUUGGCACCCUGACCAAUGACGCGCAUAUUACGGCUCGGUAUGUCGGAUUUUAUAAGGGUAUCCAGUCGAUGGGUGCUGCUGUCUCAUGGCAGAUUGGUGCGCAGGAAAUACCGUUCAUGAAUCAGUUAAUUGGGAAUUGGAUGCUUCUUAUUUUAUCGCUGCCCACCAUGGCAUAUACGGUUACUCAGGUGGAGAACUGGGCCCUGGAUGACCAGAUGUUGAGCUCAUCGCCAGCGCUGGACAAUGACUCUAUAUUCAAUCGCAGCUUUGGCUGGAACAUGUCGUCGACACAUAUUGUAAAAUCUUCAAAGACAAACGAGAUUAUUAUUUAGUUUGUUUUGUUUUGUGUAGU